GAGAAUCAGUCUGCAGGGAGUUCAGCGGACUCAGGAGGAGACUGUCAGAUUGAUGAUGCCGCAAGUAUUUCCCACUUGUAGUGAAUGGUUGUGUUUUCAGAACCAGUGGGGGCGGAGGCGCAGUCCUUCCCUCCCAGAACUGCAGAGGAGGAGGUAGGCUGACCUCUCUGGGGGUUCCAGACCAACCAGAGCUACACAGUGAGACCCCCGGCUUUAAAAGAGAAAGAAAAACAGGGGAAUGUUGUGGAGUUCUGGCUUAUUGGCCUUUGGCCUUUGCCAGCCUGAACCGGUAUCAGUCUUUCCUCAGUUUCACACAUCAGAUAUUGAUCAGAUAUUGUAUCACUACGAUGACUUUUUUUUUCACGUUUUAUUUUAUUUUAUCAAUUAAUUUGAUAUAGGGUCUCUCUGUAGCCACAGCUGUCUUGGAACUUGCUAUGCAGAGCAUGCGUCUGCCUCUGCCUCCCGAGUGCUGGUAUUAAAGACUUGCAUCGCCUUUCCCGGCUUAAUCGAUAACUUUUACAUUAAUCAUCUCUAUGCUAAGAGAAAUCUAAGGCUUUAUACAGGAUUCCAACCCAAGGAAUUUCCGAGUACUGGAAGGUACUAUGCAUACUGCUGGGGGACAGUAAGUUUCACCAGCUAAGACUCUUUAGCGGGGUCCUGAAGACACUAAGGAAAGGCGGAGGCAGCAGCUGUUCAAGGAAAUGGAGACACUGGUGCAUCUAGAACAGCACAAUCUGCGCAGGUUUCUCGUUUGUGGAGACUGAGUCUCAAGCUCUCCAGCUGAACCUCCAUCUCCAUCUCUACCGCUGAGUCUCCGUCUCCACAGCUGAGUCUCCAUCUCCGUCUCCACAGCUGAGUCUCCAUCUCUGUCUCUACAGCGGAGUCUCCAUCUCCAACCAUACAGCUGUGUCCACGUCCCCCAUGAUUGACGCUGGGGAACUACAUUACCCAGAGGAGACCGCGGGGAGUCCGGGAAGGCUCAGCCAAUGAAAACAGGGCUUUGAUUUUCGCAAUUUGGGACGGGGAUUUCCAGCUUUGCUUUUCCUGGAUUUUCUGGCUGGGUUUGCGUCCAGCUGGCCAGUGGAGGAACGGAGUGAGGAGCACGGCUUAGUCCUGUGGCUCCGAGUCGGCUCUGCGGCGUCCCUUGACCCGCUGCAGGCCUGGGGUAGGGACGGCCCUUGUGUCCCUCUGGCCGGCAGAGUCAGAUGGCAGCGGCUGUGCGGGGAGACCCGAGUCAGGGCUGUGUGACCUUUAAGGACGUGGCUGUCUGCUUCUCAAAGGCGGAAUGGACACUGCUGGAUGCCUCUCAGAGACUGCUGUACCGCAGUGUGAUGCUGGAGAACUUCUCGCUCAUGGCCUCUGUGGGACUUGUACCUUCUGGAACCCAAGAAAUCAGUCAUCUGGAGCUGUGGGGAGAGCCCUUCAUCCAGGCACUGGGAAUCAUGACUCCAGCUAUGUGGACAGGUUGUUGGAAUGGAGUGGAGGCUGAAAAUGCACCUGCUGUGCAGAGUAUUUCUACAGAUGAAGGACUCGGUGCAGCCAUUCCCCAGCACCAAAAGCUGAGACGUGGUGAGAAGCCCUUACAAAUAGAAGAGGCCAGGAUCUCUGUAAAGAAGAAUGGCACAAAACGCCAGUUGAAGAAUUUACGAAGCAGGAACAAUGGGAUGGACGUGCAUCCCAGCCCAGGUCUUAGGCAUGAGCUGACUCGUGGGGUCGGGAAGUCAUCCAGGAACUCUAACAGUGGAGAGGCCUGUCCCAGUGGGAACAGCAACUACCAAUGCAGUGACGGUGGGAAAACCUUUAGUCAGAAUUCUGUACUUACUCAGCACCAGACACUACACCCGGGAGAAAAGUCUUAUGAAUGCAGUGAAUGUGGAAGACGAUUUAAACAUAAAUCUAACUUUCUGGCGCACCAAACAAUUCACAAGCCUUACAUGUGUACCGAAUGUCGGAAAUCUUUUAGUUGCAAUAGUGACCUCAUUCAACACUGCAAAGUCCACACUGAAAAAAAUCCUUUUAGAUGCACUGCAUGUGGACAGGGUUUCAAGUAUCACUCUAUACUCAUUCACCAUCGCAGAAUCCACACUGGAGAAAGGCGUUAUAAAUGUGAAAAAUGUGGGAAAUCAUUUUUCCGAAAUUCUCAUCUCAAGGAACACUUAGUUGUUCACACUGGUGAGAAGCCUUUUAAGUGCCCUGAAUGUGAGGAAUCAUUUAGGUACAGACCCACCCUUAAAAGUCAUUAUUUCCAAGUUCACACUGGGGAAACUCCCUAUAAGUGCAGUGAAUGUGGGAAAGUUUAUAUGACAAAACCCAGCCUUAUAAGUCAUUGGCGAAUUCAUACUGGAGAAAAACCUUAUGAGUGCAGUGAGUGUGGGAAAGUAUUUAGGCAGAAAUACAGCCUUAUAAGUCACUGGCGAAUUCAUACUGGAGAAAAACCUUAUGAGUGCAGUGAGUGUGGAAAAGCAUUUAGGGAAAACUGUGGCCUUCGAAGUCAUAGGCGAAUUCAUACUGGGGAAAAGCCUUAUGAGUGCAGUGAAUGUGGGAAAUCUUUUACCAAAAACUCUUCCCUUACAAAACACACAAACAAUGUUCAUAGCAGAGGACAGCAAUGAGUGUGGGAGUCUUUCCUGAACAUCCAGCCUCAUUUAACAUCAGAGAGUUCACACUGCAGCAAAGUCUUUUGAGCUCAGGGAAUGCGGGAAUGGUUUUCCUAGCACUUCUGGCCUUUAUAGACACUGGAAGAUUCCCAGGUGAUGGAUGCAUUGUGAGUGCAGUGAACACGGACAAUACCGUAGUUGUCUAAUGUAAUUCCCCAGCAGAGUGUCCACUGCACAAAAUGCUUCAGUGCUUCAGUUUGGAGAUCCUCUGCCCGUUCUUCCAUCUUUAGCCCCAGAGACAUCCCAGUGCUGGAAUGAGUCACACAGGCACUGAUUGAUCAUGGGAAAGCCUUUGAGCAAAGGUCUGCUCUCACUAGCAACAGUAACAACCCAGAUAUGUUUAUGAAUGCAGGGAAUGUAGAAAAGCUUCAGCCACUGACCAGCUUUGUUCAGCCUUUGGAGUAGACCUGACCUAAAACAGAAGUUUUGAGAGUAGCCUUUGUGAGACAGCCAGCAACUGAGACUUCUCAUCAGUUUGCCAUGUUGGAACAGCAGGAUUUUUGCUGUCAGUUCCCAGAGGUUUUCUAGUAGGUAUAAUUGUUUUAAUUUUAUUUUUUAUGUAUUAGUGUUUUUUUGUGUUCUUUUGGUGUUUUUGAGACAGGGUCUUCCUCUAUCAUCAGUAGUGUUUCUGUUUUUAAAAUAUUUAUUAUUUUAUGUGUAUGAGUGUUACGCCCUGAUGUAUGUAAGUGCACCUGUGUCAUGCAAUACCUGAGGAGAUAUGAAGGGAGCCCUGGAUACCUUAGAACUGGACUUACAGAUAGUUGUUAGCUGCCUUGUCAGUUAUGGGAAUUGAACCUGAUCCUCGGCAAGAGCAGCCAGUGCUCUCAAUGGCUGAACCAUCUCUUCAGCCAUUUUUUUCUUUCUUUUGAAAAACAGGGUCUGACCUGAGCAUGUUGGUACAUUCCCUUAAUCUUAACAUUUAGGAGGCAGAGGCAGGCGGAUCUCUGUGAGUUCAAGGCCAUCCUGGUCUACAUAGUUCCAAGAUAGCUGGGGCUACAGGGAGACCCUGUCUCAAAAAGCCCAAGCGGGUAAAAAAAAAAUAAUAUGCCCUCCCCACGCUACUCUGCAGCUCAUCGAAGAUUCUCUACAGUAGACACCAUAUUGACACGGAAAUCAAGUCCUCCAAAAUAGAAAAAUUGGUAAAUGUCCCAGUGUUCUACCUGACAGCAACAGGAUGGAGCUAGAGAUGAGCAGUAAAGGAAAUGACAGACACAGUAUGCAGACUAAACAGCACACUAGUGAAGGACAAAUAGUGAAGAAAUCAAUGCCAAACACUUGGUUCUCCACCAACUUCUCACGUGAAUAUCGAUUGUAAUGCUUGUGAGAAUCAGGUUAGUGUGAAGGAAAGGUGUAU